AUGGAGUUUGUCUCGAACCCACAGGAGAAUGAGGGGCCCACGGUAUUAGCCGCAACAAUCGCAGUCACUUCUGUGGCAUUGAUUGUCGUGGCAGCUCGCCUUUGGGUGCGCCUUGGCAUGAUUCACAGCUUUGGAUUCGAUGAUGGGUUUAUGACAUCCGCAAUGGUCAUCGCAAUUGCUGGUCAAGGGGUCCUCAUCAUGCAGGUCCUUCACGGAGUUGGCCGCCACGUCGGAGACAUUGACUUCACCAAAGACUACCCGAUCGCGAUGCAGAUGGCAUUCGUCUCUCAACCCCUCUUCCUGGCUGCUAUCUGUUUGGUCAAGCUUGCUGUUGGGUCGUCGCUACAUCGAAUCGCUUCCAAAAAGCUUUACAAGAACCUCAUCACUGGGGUCAUGGUCUCCAUGACCGCAUAUACAAUUGCCUGUGUUUUCACCAUUAUCUUCCAAUGCACCGAUGUACGAGCAUUCUGGGACUUCAACGUCAAGGCAACCUGCUGGGAUGUCGAUACGAUCAAGGGUCUCUCCUAUGCAAACUCUUCGAUGAACAUUCUUACCGACCUUCUCUUUGGAAUCGCCAUUCCGGCGCCCAUGCUUUGGGGGCUUAAUGUCCCUCAAAGGGUCCGAAUAUCCCUCAUGAUGGUCCUCGGUCUGGGAGUCUUUGCAUGUGCAGCAGCUUGCGCCAAAGUAUACUACAUCGUCACGAGUUAUGGAAAGGCCUUUGAUCCAACUUGGGACUCGAGAGAUAUCCAGAUGUGGACCGUCAUUGAGGCUAAUGUUGGAAUAAUAGCUGGUAGUCUGCCAACUUUACGGCCCCUCUUCAAGGACUUUCUGGGCAGCAUCUACGGGAAGGGAUCCAAGGCGCCGACAGCAGAAGCAUACUAUGGCCGUAGUACAAUGCGCAGUGGCAGCAACUGGCAGACUCUGUCCAACACUCAAUGGCCGGCGUACGCCACUCGGCCGAUGGGAACCACAACUGUCGCGACUGGGACCGGGGGUGAGGACAGCGAUAUGAGUGAAGACAAGAUUGAGUUGCGGGACAGCUUGACCGAUGGGCGGGGGAUCAAAAAGACCACUGUGACUACAGUUAUGUACUCUAGCUCUCCAUAA